CGCCCACAGAGACUUCUUCCUGUUCUUGUAGAGAGAAUAAGAAACUUAAAGAAACCUCCACACACAGGGUGAAGGAAUUAAUAGAGAGCUGUAAGGAGUCAGAGAAGACAACCAACUGAAGACUAAAGAAAGAAACAUAGUAGAGAAAGGAAAAUCAACAUGUCUGACACUGCAAGUGGAGUGACUCUUGAAUUUAAGCCUACUAGAAGGAGAAGGUGGAGCUGUGAGGCACCCCCUUCAAUGAGUGAUUUGAGGAUUGUUCUGCUGGGGACGAAUGCUUCAGGAAACAGUCGAGUGGGGAACUUCCUGUUAGGAAGAGCAGCGUUUGAGACUGAAGAACCUCCAGAUGUUGUACAGAGAGUUGGAGGAAAACACAUGACAGUCAUCAACACUCCAAACAUCUCACUCCAUCAGAUGACACAGAGAGUGAGAGAGUGUGUGUAUCUGUCUGCUCCAGGACCUCAUGUGAUCCUUCUGGUACUGAAACAUGAUCAGUGUUCAAGAGAAGAGAAAGAGUGUGUGGAGAUGCUGCUCAACUCUUUCUCUCACACUGUUUAUCAGCACACCAUGAUGAUCACCACACACGAGUCACACACUCAAGUCAAUGACAUUAUACAGGAAAUCAUUCACAAAUGCAACGACAGACACUUCAGACUGGAGAUAAACAGCACUCCUGCUCAACUGAUGGAGAAAUGUGAAGAGAUUGUACACAGUAAUGGAGGACGACAUCUGAUCUGCGGUGAAAGAGAGAACACAGAUGAUGUGAGGAUUGUGCUGCUGGGAAAAACUGGAGUUGGGAAGAGUGAAACAGGAAACACAAUCUUAGGAAGAGAAGCAUUUGUAGCAGAAGCGUCUCAACAGUCAAUUACUAAAGAGUGUCAGAAAGAAACAGCAGAGAUCAACGGCAGACACAUCACUGUGAUUGACACUCCUGGACUGUUUGAUACUGAACUCAGUCAUGAAGACAUCCAGAGAGAAAUCACUAACUGCAUCUCAAUGAUACUGCCAGGACCUCAUGUGUUCAUUAUUGUGUUGAAUUUAGGACAACGAUUCACUCAAGAGGAGGCGAAAUCAGUGAAGAUCAUUCAAGAGACGUUUGGAGAAAACUCUUUAAUGUACACAAUGAUUCUCUUCACCAGAGGAGAUUAUCUGAAGAAUAAAACCAUUGAACAGUGGCUGGGAAAACCAGUAACUCCUUUGAUGAAUCUGAUUGAACAAUGUGGAAACAGAUUCCAUGUGUUCAAUAAUAAUGAGACUAGAGAUCGCACACAGGUUUCUGAUCUACUGGAGAAAAUAGACGUCAUGGUGACAGCAAACGGAGACAGUUACUACUCAUGUAAGAUGUUCAGACAGAUGGAGAGAGAACGACAAGAAAAACAAAUGAACAUAAUGAUGGAGAGAGUCGAACAACUGAACAGAGAGAGAGAAGAACUCUUGAUCAAACAUGAAGAAGAGAAAGAGAGAAUGAUGAAGAUGAUGGAGGAAGAGAGACAGAAUCAAGAGAAAGAGAAGAAGAGAAGAGAAGAGGAAUUUAAUGAAAGGAAAGAGCAAUACAAAAGAGAAAUCACAGAAAAGGAGGCCAAUGAGAGAAAGAUGCGAGACCAGAUGAAAAGAGAAAGAGAGGCAUUAAAAAAUGAAUUGAACUGCACAGAAAAAGGCACUUUAGUAAAGGGAGAAAAUAAGGACUUUGGAAGAGCAGCAGUCACACCAGAUCAAUACCUAAAUACUGGAAGAGAACAAAUGGAGCAUCUAUUUCACAGACUUAAUCUUAAACCCUGGCAAAACAUUAAAAUGAGAGCUGCAGAUGUUCUUCAGUUAACUGGACAUUCAUUACAGUCACAUGAGUCUUGUGCUGAGAAAGAGCUGGCUAAGACUUUCCUACAAAAACUACUGACGAUGAACUACAGAGCAAGAUGCAUUAAAACUAAACACAAACAACAAAGAGUCAGUGAGUCAUCUGAAGAUGAGAUAGAUAUUUUUUAUGACAUUUAUAAAGAAACAUCUUUGUCAAACAAAGGAACAAAAAAAUCAGACCUUGUUCACCCAAUGGACAUUCAGAUGGCCGUGUUUCAUUGUGCUGAUAUAUUCCUGAAGCAGCUGAUGGUGACUAAACUGUCACAGUGUCAGUAUGCUCUGCCUCUGCUUGUACCUGAUCCAUUCACACAACACAUUGAGUUUCCUCUCUGGACAUUCAGACAAAUCAACAAGAGCUGGAAGACAUUUGAUGAUGAAGGUAAAAUCAUCAGUAAAGUCCAGUCAGUCUGUAAGGCAGAAACUCCAAUGGUGUGUUUCUUCAGGUUUGGCUCAGUGUCCUCAUCCAAGUCUCAGCUGAUGAACAGUCUGAUCAAUGAGAAACACAACACGUUCUUCCACAGGAACUGCCCAGGCAGCAGCAGAACCAGAGUACUGAUGGAUGGAGUGGUGGAGAUCGCCUGGUACUGCCCGUCUGGAAAAGACACGGAUAAAUUUACUGACUGUGUUGCGUUCUGUAAUCUACAUGGAGAUGCAGGAGACAGUGAGAAACAGCUGCAGAUCCUCACUGAAAUGUCCUCAGUCAAUGUUGUUAUUCUACCACAGAUUAACAGAAACUACAAAAGUGCAACAAAGAUCCAAAACCUAUACAAGAAAAGAAAGCCACUCAUUUGCCUCCUUACUGAGGAUGAAUCUGCUGUAAUUCAGAUAAGGAAAGGGAAAUACAGGAUUGGUUUAAAAGACCGUAAUCCAUCAGAUGUAUCUGAGGAAAUCAGAAGAGCUAUAAAUGAUUGUCUCUCAGUCUCUUCAGAAUCAUCUUCCAUUUUCAGACUUGAAGAUGUGUCCAAACACUCAGAUAUCAGAGUAGAUGAAGAUGAUGAUGAAGACUGCAGGAGAGGAAAAGAAGCAGCACAGCAGAUGGUGAGAUUACUGGAGAAUAAAGAUCUGACAAAAAUCAAAGAAUCAUUUCUGCCCUUUCAGGGAAUACUGUGGCAUCAGUGUUGUCAGAAGAUCAAAGAACAACAUCGACCUCAAGGGAGUGAAUCAGACAGGGAGAUAAGUGUAAAACAAACAGAAAUGAAGAAAAUCCGUGAGCUACAACAUGAAUCUGACAUCAGCGAGUUUAUAAAGCGUUUUAUUAAUGAAAUGAAAUCAGAUGCUAUAUAUAAUAUGUUUUUCCUUAAAUGGCUUCAAAUCUUUCUGGAUGAAUAUACCUCAACUGACCUUUAUGCUCUACAUCACAAGUAUGAUGAAAAGUGUUCAAAAGUCUUAAAGCUGAAAGAGGAUAUGGCCAAAAAUUUGACUCAUGUACAAUCAGAGCUUGAUGGGAUAUCAAAAGAGCUUCGAGCUGCAACCUUUGGUUUGGAGCACAUCCUGAGAGAGAUCGGUCAGAUCUAUGAAUCAUGUUCAUCUGUGAAGAAGAACAAGGAAGGUCUGCAGUUUCACUUCUCUUCUCUCCCGAGUCUUGCAGCAGAGAUGAUGAUCUCUGGAUUUCCUCUGGAGCUGAUGGAUGGAGAUGCUGCUCAUGUUCCUGUGAUCUGGAUCUCUGCUGUUCUAGAUGAACUCAUCAGGAAACUGGGAGACCAGAGAGUGUUUGUACUGUCAGUUUUAGGGGUUCAGAGCACUGGGAAAUCCACCAUGUUGAAUGCCAUGUUUGGACUGCAGUUUCCUGUCAGUGCUGGCAGAUGCACCAGAGGAGCUUUCAUGCAGCUGGUCAGAGUGUCAGAGGAGAAGAAAGCACAUCUGAAGUUUGACUAUAUUCUGGUGGUUGAUACUGAGGGACUUCGUGCUCUAGAACUGGCUGGAAGAUCAACGAGACAUCAUGACAAUGAACUGGCCACAUUUGUUGUGGGUCUUGGGCAACUGACAUUGAUCAACAUCUUUGGAGAAAACCCAUCUGAGAUGCAGGACACUCUUCAGAUUGUUGUUCAGGCCUUCCUGAGGAUGAAGAAGGUCAGACUGAAUCCCAGCUGCAUGUUUGUGCAUCAGAAUGUUUCAGACAUUACAGCAGAAGCAAAUAACAUGGAGGGACGGAGACGACUGCUGGAGAAACUGGAUGAAAUGACAAAACUUGCUGAUAAAGAUGAAGUCUGUGAUGCAGAAAGAUUCAGUGAUGUCAUUGCAUUUGAUGUAGAGAAGGAUGUGAAGUAUUUUGCACAACUAUGGGAGGGCAGCCCACCCAUGGCACCACCAAACCCAAACUACAAUGACAAUGUGCUCGAUCUUAAGGAAUCAAUUAUUUCUCAUGCUUCAACAUCUGAUGCAAUGCUGCUGACACACCUGAAAGAUCGUAUUCAAGAUCUCUGGGAGGCUUUGCUGGACACUGGAGACAAUUACAGCAAUAGAUCGUCUCUCAAAGUCGCAGCACACAGGAGACUCGAUACAGAAUACAGCAAGUGGACCUGGAGUCUCCGGAGUGACAUGCUGGAAAUUGAGAUCAAACUACAAAACAACAUAGAAAAUGAAGCAAUUCAUGAGAUUCAGGAAACAGAUCUUCAAACAGAACUGAAAGAUAAAAGUGAAGAAGUGAAAAUGUUGAUGUCUGAGUUCUUUGAGAAAGACACUUUUGCUUUUUUACUGAUUCAAUUGAAAACUUCAUAUGAAAUAAAAAUCAAAGAGCUUCAAGAAAACAUUGUGAGAGAAACAAAGAGGAAAUUAAACGAGAUUCUUCAACAGCGAGAUCUGAAGAGAAAGAUUGAUGCUCAGAAAACACAUCAUGAAAACACUCUCUUUGAAAAGAGCAAAACACUCGCCUUAAAACUCAAAGACAAAGCAAAUGAUGAAGAAACACUGAAGAAAGAGUUUGAUUGCUUUUGGGAACAGUGUGUGGAUGAGAUCAUCAGAGACACUCCUCAAAUCAAAGACAUUGACAUAUUAAGAGAUGUGAAACAACUCCUCAGUGAAAUCUAUGAAAGUGCAGCUGUAGAUCACUGAACAGAGAAUAGGAAUAUUUUCUCUUUGCCGAGUUAUUCAGAUUAUGUACGGUUAAAGAAAUCCAGUGGAUUUACAGGACCUGUUAGAAAUAUCUUCAUAAUGCAAAUAGAGAUGUUAAGAUUUGCUCUGUUUAAAGAAGAUGAAACACAAAUAAGAACAUUAGUCAGUGAAAUUGCUCAUGAGACAGACAAAAUGAUCAUGGCAUAUAACAUUUCAAAGAUGGGCUACAACAAAAGCUGCAUUCAACAACUGAUAGAUCACAUCAAGACAAGAGUAACAGAACAUCAGGAAAGGCCUGUAAAAUAUGAGUUCAUGAAUGAAUUCUUCAUGGAUUUGGUGCUUUCCAUCUGUAAGAGAUCAAACAAGACUUUCACUGACCAACACAGACUGUUCAGAGAAGCCAAUGAUCCUGUUCUCUACAUGGAGAAGAAGAGAGGAGAGUACUUCAGUGUUUUCCAGAAAUAUUGUCGUGGUUCAACAUCAGCUGCUGUUUUUGGUGAGAUCAUCUGUCAGAAACUGAAAGAUCCCAUUGAACAGAGUGUCUACAAAAACACUGCCAGAGAUUUAGCAGAUGAAAUGAGAACAAACUGUGAAUCACUGAAUGGAAACAGAUCUAAACUGGAGAAACACAUCCUGAAGACUCUGGCAGAAGAGGAGAACUUUAAAAAAUACAUGAACUACAUUAAACAUCCCAGAGAUCACUUCAAGAGAUUCAUCAGAGCUGAAGUCAGUCAGUACAUCACUGAUAAGUUCAGUGUCAGUGUUCGGCCCAAGAUGAUGAAGAACAUCAAACUCCUGCAGCAGAAGAUCAUGAACGCAGCUCAUGAAUCUACUGAACAUGUUCAAGUGAACAGUGGAGAUGUUGAUUUGUGGUUGAAGUGUUUCACACAGAAGCUCUCAGAUGUGCUGAUAUUCUCUGUUAAAGACUUCAGUGGAGUGAGUCGUGAUGAUGUUGAUGAUUUCAAACUCCUAGAAGAUGUGAUCAGAAAAGAACUUUCUUAUGUGAUGUCUGACAUAAGCAGGAAAUUCAGAACGGAGACUUUUCCAGUGAAGCUGGACUGUAAAUACAGAUCAGCUGAGAUUCUGAUUGAUCACUUCUGUCAGUGCUGUUGGGUUCAGUGUCCUUUCUGUGCUGCAAUCUGCACCAACACAAUAGAACACCAUGAUUCAGAUCACAGUGUUUCUAUCCAUCGAGUGGAUGGAAUUAAUGGCAAAUAUUACACUGGAACAACAAAUCUUUCUACAAGCAUCUGCACAACAGAAGUAGCAAGUGAUCGAUCUUUUCAUCCCAAAGGCCCAUAUCACUCAGUCCUCUGGAGAGAAUACAGAAAAGCAGGAGGAGUUUAUGCUAAGUGGAGCAUCACCGCUGAUGUCUCUGUAUUCCCGUACUGGAAAUGGUUUGUGUGCAGAUUCCAGAAAGAUCUUGAAAAAUACUACAAUAAAACAUUCCAGGAGAGAGGAAUGAUCCCAGAUGAAUGGAGAAAAUAUUCAAAACAUGAAGCUAUUGACAGUUUAGAUGAAUACAUGUAAUGGAGAAUAUUAAAGAUGAUCCUCUUUUUCUCCUGAUAUACUGAGAACAGUUUGAAAUGAUCUUCUGUUUCACACAUCAGUGACUCUGAACACAUCAGAGAAACAGAUUUAGUGAUUGAAAUAGAUUUGUUCUGAGUAGCAAUAUAUUGCUAAUAGCCAUAUCUUUGAUGAAUUACAUAUUUUAUGUUUAAAUAUGGGAUUGCAUUGUGGGUAACGUUCAGGUAAAGUUGUUGAUCACUGCACAAAAUACAGAUAAAUGGAUGUGGCACCUCUGCCUCAUGUACAUGCAGAUUAACCUUUCACUUUCUUUAUAUGUGUAUCCAUUAUUUUACCACUGUCUUUAAUCUUCUUCCGUUUGUACUUCUCGGAGCAAUUUUGAAACAUUGUACUAAAUCCUUAAGAUAUAUCACUCCUGUUGUAUUCCUCAUUUGUAUGUGACUUUGGAUAAAAGUGUCUUUUAAAUGAAUAAAUGUAACCAUGUGAAGUGAACAUAAUUUAUAUUGUAUAUCAGACGUUCAUGUCAACACUCCGAU